UCGUGAUACGCAUGCGCAACGCGCCAUUGAAGGAAAUAGUGUGAGAAGUGCGUGAAGUGGGCCGGGACUUGACGGAAUCUGAGAUUUGAGUUGAUCCGCGCUCUAGUUUCGAGGAUGUAAGGCUUCAGGUUGCGGACAAUAAUUUGUAUUCACCAUGUUUUUCUAAACAGCUGGUGAAAUUUAUGAGGAUAGUCUAGCAGCCAUACAGGAUCUGCACACCCCACCACUGGCCCCGUCGGCACGGUAACUUCGGACAGAGGCAGGGCUCUCCUGCUAGCUGCCCCACCAGCUACCUCAAGAUCCUGUCACCUUUCCUCCUGAUGCUGAGAGUUUUGUGUGGUCACACAUCUGCCUCAACUACAGCUGAAUUGCUGUGAAGAUUGCCUCUGCUUCAGCUUCCUGAUUAAGGGAAACUGUGUCAACAUAUAUAUAUAUUCUCAGUAAGUGCAGUGAGGCACAGAAGUCAAGAUGUCCAUCACCAACACACCUACCAGCAACGAUGCCUGCCUGAGCAUUGUGCACAGUCUGAUGUGUCACAGACAGGGUGGUGAGAGUGAGACGUUUGCCAAGCGGGCCAUCGAGAGUCUGGUAAAGAAACUGAAAGAGAAAAAAGACGAGCUUGACUCCCUCAUCACAGCUAUCACCACCAAUGGGGCACAUCCCAGCAAGUGUGUGACCAUUCAGAGGACUCUUGAUGGACGGCUGCAGGUGGCUGGACGUAAAGGGUUCCCUCAUGUAAUCUACGCCCGGCUGUGGCGAUGGCCUGACCUGCAUAAGAAUGAACUGAAGCACGUCAAAUACUGCCAGUUUGCCUUUGACCUCAAGUGUGACAAUGUAUGUGUCAACCCCUAUCACUAUGAGAGAGUGGUGUCUCCUGGCAUAGACUUAUCAGGACUGACACUGACCAGUUCUGGACCCAGCUCUGCGCUGAUGGUGAAGGAUGAGUAUGAUUUUGAUGGGCCGCAGAGUCUGCCCUCAAUCGAGGGAGGGCACUCCAUCCAGACCAUUCAGCACCCUCCAUCCGCCGUCCGCACGGCCCCCUCUGAACCAUUUGCGACUCCAAACCUGCUCCCACCUGCUGAGGCCUCGACCUCUGCCUCCACAUCAUCCUUCCCUGCCAUUGCUGCUGGAUCAGGCAGUGCCAGUUCCACCUGGUCUAGGAACAGCAGCUUCACCCCCAACAUACCGCACCACACCAACGGCCAUCUACAGCACCACCCUCCUAUGCCACAUCCGACACACUACUGGCCAGUGCAUAAUGAGCUCGCCUUUCAGCCUCCUAUAUCCAAUCAUCCAGCUCCUGACUACUGGUGCUCCAUUGCUUAUUUUGAGAUGGACGUUCAGGUCGGGGAGACGUUUAAGGUGCCCUCCUCUUGCCCCACCGUGACAGUGGACGGCUAUGUCGACCCCUCGGGAGGAGACCGCUUCUGUUUGGGCCAACUCAGCAAUGUACAUCGCACUGAGGCUAUUGAGAGAGCAAGGCUUCACAUUGGCAAAGGGGUUCAGCUGGAGUGUAAGGGUGAGGGAGAUGUGUGGGUGCGAUGCCUCAGUGACCACGCAGUGUUUGUUCAGAGUUACUACCUGGACAGAGAGGCGGGCCGAGCCCCUGGAGACGCUGUUCACAAAAUCUACCCCAGCGCUUACAUCAAGGUGUUUGACCUGCGUCAGUGCCACAGACAGAUGCAACAGCAGGCUGCUACGGCUCAAGCAGCAGCUGCAGCCCAAGCAGCCGCUGUGGCCGGAAACAUACCUGGACCUGGAUCAGUUGGAGGAAUAGCUCCAGCUAUCAGUCUCUCGGCAGCAGCAGGAAUCGGGGUAGACGACCUGCGGAGGCUGUGUAUUCUCAGGAUGAGUUUUGUUAAGGGCUGGGGGCCCGACUACCCCCGCCAGAGCAUCAAGGAAACCCCGUGCUGGAUCGAGAUCCACCUGCACAGAGCUCUACAGUUACUGGACGAGGUUCUGCACACUAUGCCUAUAGCAGACCCACAACCUCUGGACUGAGAUCUGCAGCAUCACACUGCAACAUACGGUGGCAAUUGAAAGUCUUCCUCAGUGAACCCUUUCAGGUGGAGAAGCCAGUGAAACAGCUGCGACACUGAAGCUGUCCCACAUGAAAAAUAAAUACUUUCAGGUGUGUUUGAGGCACCAUUGUGCACUGUGGCACCUACUUCUGCUUUGUUUUUAAGCAAGAGUCGGACUAAAAUCAGCCAAAGCCAUCUAUUAAAGAUACGUUUAUCUCUUUUUUUUGAUCGAUGGCUUUGAUUUGUGAUGACUGGAAUAAUGAACUGUAUGACUAGAAAAAGACGUCACAGAUAAGUACAGUUUCAAAGCACCACAACAUGCAAAUAGAUGACCUGCAGAUCCCAUUCAACUGGAAUGUACAGCGACUACUCGGUCCACAACCACCAACUACUGACAGACAUUAGAUUCACUGAACAAUGAAAGAACAUCGGAGUGCUGUACAGCUGGGGGGGUGAGUGUCUUGGCACCAGUAGAGUUCUGCUGGUUUUCUAUUGUGCCUGUUUACAGUGUCGCACUGUAACAAACUGCUUCACACCUGGGAUGACAAGCAGAAUGGAAAGGCAGCAGCUCUCAGAGGAUCAGCGCUCGACAUCACGAUGAUCGCUGCCUCUCACAUUCUGGGCAGCAUUUGGAUCGGGUCAUACUAAAACAUUCACAGCUAUCUACGAAUAUCACAGAGAAGGAAGUGACAAGCACCAUGCCUAAAGCCGACUGAACCUCUGAACUGAAACCAAGUCAGGUCUAUGGACUCUUCUAGGUCAAGUAUUGUCAAAGUAUGGGUUUGGACCUUAACAACUGGUUGUGGGGCCUCUUGGGUGUCUAAUUACAAAUCUUUUUUUUCCCCCUUCCCAAUUUAACAAGAUUUUGAAGCAAAGGAAGAUCCUCCAGUUUAGGUUUUGGACACAACAAUAGUGUCAAAGUUGAAUUUCCUAUUGAUUGUUUUUACUGACUUACUGUGAUUUAUAUAGUUUAUUCACUCAAAAACAGUGAUGACAAGAUCAUUGAAGUGAUCAUUCAUAAGUGGUCACCUUCCAGCUGUUUCAUAUUUGGUUACUGUUUUGGAAAACACCCUCAUUUUUGCUGCCACAAAGGAUGAAUCACAUCUUUUCUCACUUUCACGCUGAGAGCAAAACAGCUGGGAAGCUUUUUGUUCAAACUUGAAGAAAGAAAGCAGAGCUGAGGCAGACAGUUGGUCUUAAAUCACUGAGAUUUAAUCACAGUCAAAUUAAUAGAGUUGUUGUCAAUGUUUUGGCAAACCAAAGUACUAAUCACUCAGAUGCAUACUGUAAGUCUUGUGAGAGCGAGAAGUCCAGCGGACUUUGACCCAGCAACGUAAAUUUGGAAGUUUCUUUCAUUGAACUUUAAAGGCAACUAUGUUAAUUUGUAUUCAUUUCAAUUGUAUCGAUUUUUCUUUUUCUUUUUAAUCUCCAAGCAUACCCUGACAGACUCCACACUAGUUGAGAAUCAUUGUAGUUAAAUAUCUUAUGACUUGCAGCCCACUUAUAUACUACUUGAUCCAGGUCUCUUGUGUAUAGUAUACUGACAAAGAUAUGAGAAUUUAAGACGGUUACCCAGCAAUAUUGAUGUAUUUUCUUGGUUUUAUUUUUGUUACUUUUAUUAUUUGAUUUGUAUAAUAUUUUUAGCACUUUAAUUAAUUUUUCUUGUUUUUAAUUCAAUAACCCUAAUUUUGAGUUGGUUGUCCUGCGAUAUGGAAAAGGGAGUGAAUGUGUUGGUUUAUAUUUUAUGUAGGAUUGUGAGAAGAGGCAACUUUGUGACUUUGCAUUUGUAACACCAAGUCAUAUUUUUAAAAACAGUUGUUGCCCUUUCACUCUAUAGGCAUUCACACACAUUUGUAGAGUUUAUUUUGGCUGUUCUGAGUUGCAGUCUUUUUUUAAUCCAUGUAAAUAACUUUUGUUUUUGAAAUGCAUGUCAAUGUUUGCAUGAAUGUUAAUGGCAAAUAGACUCCUUUAUCCCUACCCUCUUUUUAAAGUAGUGCUUCACUUGCCCUGCGUAACAUGGGAAACUGGACUGUCUGAGGAGUGUAGAAAACAGCACCUGCUGCAUACUGCUGCAUACUGCUGCAUACUGCUGCAUACUGCUGCAUACUCUGCUGCAUACUCUGCUGCAUACUGCUGUGGUGCGUUGCUGGUUUACGAGAACAGCAUUAAAGGCAAACAGGGAAGCUACAUGGUCAUUAAUGAUGGAAAUUAUCCCAUUUAGUUAUGUAAACUCAACUUUUUAGCAGCUAAGCACCGCAAGAAGGCAACUUGUCUCCCUGAGACCUAAUUUGUAUAAAUACAGUAACUCCCUCCGUUUUUAGUGUGCAGCCUCUCUUUGAAAGUAAAAUGAGUACAAGCAUGAUAUUUUCUCUCCCGCAGGUGUUGAAACGGGUGAAGUUAGAUUUACGCACAGAAAUAAUUUGAUUUCAACACGAGUCCCCCUGUCUCCUCUGCCCGUGCUGCAUGUGAUACAUUGUUACUGUCGUUUAAAGCAUUUCUUUUAGAUUACACACAUCAAUUAGGAAUACACAUUUAAUUUGCUCACCUUUUGCUUGUUAUUUUUCACAUCAAACUGCCAAAAGGUAUAUUCUUUCUGAUUUGAUAAGAUAUAUAUAUUUUUUAAUAAUGUGUUUAUGUCCCUAAACAAGUGUUUAUUUGUUGACAAUGCUGUCUUGAUGGGAUACAGAUUAAAUGCAAAAAGAAACAUCGGAUUUCUUCUUCACGGUUUAAAUUUGAGGGCUUGUCCCAUCUUUGACUAUUUCAAGAUCAUUUGAAAAGCAUUGUUAAAAAACUUUCUUCCAACGUCAGGGAUUAAGAGUCAAACUUUGGGAUUUAUUCUCAUAAUUAUGCAUCCGAUUGAUCGAAGGGCAAGAAAUGUUAUGAUUAUGUUACUGGAAGAAGUGAUGCUGAAUUCUGUCUGGAGAAACAAUCUGUUAGGUUAUGUUGUGCUUUGAGGUGGAAAGAUGUUUUUAUAUUACUUGCAGUUAUCAUAGGAGCCUAAAGACACGGCUCAAGUGAGUGGAUGUUGACUACUAUGACAGAUUGCAGAUAUACAUUUUACCUGUAUUUCUUAUGUGAGAGUCUUUAAUUAAACAUGGCCUGAUAUUCUUUAA